AAAACAAUGGGACACACAAAAAUCCAAUACUAAAAAGGAGAAUUUCAUUUGUCAAAAGUAAUUGUUUCACAUCAUAUAUAAAAAGGAGAAGUAGCUGUGUAGCAAAAACAAUACUUUAUUACUGUUGAGAGAACCUUUAGACUUGAAGAGCCUUUCUUCUUUUCCUCUCUCUCUCUCUCUCUCUCUCUCUCUCUCUUUUUAACUUGGUUUUCUUGGGAUUGAUUGGCUAAUGAUUAAGGUCCAGUUCUUUAUUUAGUUUUUCUUAUGUUCCCACUUGACUUCUGUCCACUCUUUAGAAAGCCAGUUUUUUUUUUUUUUUCCAUGUUGUUAUAGUGUUUGAGGGCCUGAUUCUUUUGGCGUUCAUGUAAAACACUGAAUAUGUGCACAUAGUCACACACUAUAUUCUCUGAGGAUUCCCGAACUCAAAUUACAUUUCUUGGAAGAAUCAAAGGGGAAAAAGGGCUCUUUCAAUUCUAUCUCUCGAGAAAGGUUUUCACUCAUUUAGGUUAUGAACAGGCCCAUGUACGUGGAUUCUCCAGAUAAGAACAUGAAGGACAGCAUGGGAUACAGCAAUGAUUUUCAGGCAAUGCUGGAUGGUUUAGAUGAUGAAGACGGAAUUGAAGUAAUCAACUGCAGUGGCAAAAAAAGGAGAUUGAGCAUUGAUCAAGUUCAGGCACUGGAGAGAAUAUUUGAAGUUGAUAACAAACUUGACCCUGAAAGGAAGAUCAAAUUGGCACAAGAAUUAGGCCUCCAGCCAAGACAAGUUGCGAUUUGGUUCCAAAAUCGUCGUGCCCGUUGGAAAACUAAGCAAUUGGAAAGAGAUUAUCAUCUGCUCAAGGCCAAUUAUGAAGCUCUUCAACUCAGUUACAGCAAAGUUGAACAAGAGAAACAAGGCCUAGUCGCAGAGUUGAAGGAUUUGAAAGAGAAAUUGGGAGAGGAGAAUGCAGAGACAAAACAGAGUUCUCCAAACCUCGUAACAGAAGGACUAAUGUACGAGAAUCAUCAUCAUCAUGAAGUUUACAGAAACACAAACUUAUGUGCAUCGGAGAAAAACAACAAUGUUGGGAAGAUUGAUUUCAAAGAAGGGUUUUCAGAUAGUGAUUCAAGUGGAGGAGUGUUAAAUGAAGAUCGCAAUGGUGGAAAUAAUCUGAACGUGCAGCUGAUUUCUUCUUAUCCGAUGACAUAUAAUAAUAGUACUAAUAAUGGCGGAUUAGAUCACUCUGCUGCAUUCUCUUUAUCUGUUUCUGCACCUCCAGUUUAUCAUCCCCAUUUGCUGGAUUCAAGAGAUGGAAUGGUGAAGGAUUACCAUCAUCACCAGCAGUAUGUGAAAAUGGACGAACCAAAUCAGUUUUCAGUGGAUCAUGUCGACUCCUCAUGCAAUUUCUUUUCAGUUGAUCAAGCACCGGUUUUCUGGUAUUGUUCUGAUCCAAGAAACCAAUAA